CAAAGCGCAGGGGGAGGGGCUAGCCUUCAAGACAAGUGCUCGCUUUGAAGUUGUGGCAAACACAGCUGAGUUUGGGAGGGACACGGAAAGCCAGGCGCAGAAUAGAGGGGCAUCUAGGCCGGGUAGCACCUCUCUGGAGGAGAGGCUGUGGAGCAGACGGGGUGGGCGCAGGGAAGGAUACGCUCUUGACCAGCGUAAAGAACCGCAUCUGCAGGAUUAGUCCCAGGGUUAAAUACACCGCGGAGGUGAACCGCUCCUCUCUUCCACCGUAUGAGAGGAGAUCCCGGCUUCGCCAGGAAGCUGGAAGGGAUGAGAGCGAGUCUGAGUAACUGUGUUCUGACGCAGGGCGAGCUGGGAGCGCCGGUUCGUCCGGCGGAAAGUGGGCAACAUCUUUUAGAUCGGGAGGACUACGGCGGGCAGGCGGGCGUCAGCAGACCUGGGCAAGUCUGCAAGCGUGGCCUGAGGGGCCGUGCACGUAUCCAGCGGAGGAUGCGGCCGUGGCCACCCGCAGGAGGCCCCGGGAGGCCGCCCGGCUCCGCACCACUGGGCGGGAGCGACGGCCAGCCCGAGAGCAGGGCAGUCCCCUCCCGCCACAAUGGCCUCUGGGGUGGAAGUCCUGCGCUUCCAGCUGCCUGGCCACGAGGCCGCCACGCUGCGGAACAUGAACCAACUCCGCGCCGAGGAGCGGUUCUGCGACGUGACCAUCGUGGCCGACAGCCUCAAAUUCCGCGGCCACAAGGUCAUCCUGGCCGCCUGCUCGCCGUUCCUCCGGGACCAGUUCCUGCUGAACCCCAGCUCCGAGCUGCAGGUCUCGCUGAUGCACAGCGCGCGCAUCGUGGCGGACCUGCUCCUCUCCUGCUACACGGGCGCCCUGGAGUUCGCCGUCAGGGACAUCGUCAACUACCUGACGGCCGCCUCCUACCUGCAGAUGGAGCACGUGGUGGAGAAGUGCCGGAACGCCCUCAGCCAGUUCAUCGAGCCCAAGAUCGGCCUCAAGGAGGAUGGGGUCAGCGACGCCAGCCUCGUGAGCAGUGCCGCCAAGUCCCUCCUCCCUCCAGCCAGGACCCCGAAGCCUGCACCGAAACCCCCGCCGCCACCGCCUCUACCCCCUCCGCUCCUGCGGCCCGUGAAGCUGGAGUUUCCGCUGGACGAGGACCUGGAGCUGAAGGCUGAGGACGAGGAUGAGGAUGAGGACGAGGACGUCUCUGACAUCUGCAUCGUCAAGGUCGAGUCGGCCCUGGAAGUGGCCCACCGCCUCAAGCCCCCCGGAGGCCUAGCGGGGGGCCUGGGUAUUGGGGCGUCUGUGGGCAGCCACCUGGGCGAGCUGGCCCAGAGUAGCGUGGCCCCCAACGCCGUGGCCCCGCCGCAGGGGGUGGUGAAGGCCUGCUACAGCCUGUCCGAGGACGCAGAGGGCGAAGGCCUGCUCCUGAUCCCGGGAGGCCGGGCCAGUGUGGGGGCCACCUCGGGCCUGGUGGAAGCAGCAGCGGUGGCCAUGGCUGCCCGGGGGGCGGGGGGCAGCCUGGGGGCGGGGGGCAGCCGGGGCCCCCUGCCCGGGGGCUUCUCGGGCGGGAACCCCCUGAAGAACAUCAAGUGCACCAAGUGCCCGGAGGUGUUCCAGGGCGUGGAGAAGCUGGUGUUCCACAUGCGCGCCCAGCACUUCAUCUUCAUGUGCCCGCGCUGCGGCAAGCAGUUCAACCACAGCAGCAACCUCAACCGUCACAUGAACGUCCACCGCGGCGUCAAGUCGCACUCGUGCGGCAUCUGCGGCAAGUGCUUCACCCAGAAGUCCACGCUGCACGACCACCUCAACCUGCACUCGGGAGCGCGGCCCUACCGGUGCUCCUACUGCGACGUGCGCUUCGCCCACAAGCCGGCCAUCCGGCGGCACCUCAAGGAGCAGCACGGCAAAACCACGGCCGAGAACGUGCUGGAGGCCGGCGUGGCGGAGAUCAACGUCCUCAUUCGCUGAGGGGCGGGAGGCCGGGCCUUCCCGGACCCCGGGGACUGGGGGGCCUACGGGGUUCUGGGUCAGGCCUACGUUUUGAGGGAGGAAGAUUGGAGAGAAGACCUUGCCUCAAAGAGCAAAAGGAGAAGAUGGAGCCGGAGACAGGGUUGACAAGGCCGAGGGAGCGCGGGGUCCCAAGGAGAGAUUUCUUUUUUUCGGAGGCGCACGAACGAUGUGGGGGGAGAGAAAAAAAGCAAAGGCUUGAAGUUCGGAGAACGGCUCUUUCCUGGCUAAGGCCGCCUCCGGGGAAAGGUCCUAGUGUUUCUUGAGGUGGGGUGGGGUGGGGGUUGUGGGGUGAUUGGCAGGACGGUUGGCUUGCUCCUGCUUAGAGUAGCUCACAGGGAAAAGAAGGGGAGGCGUUCCUGCAUGCUGGGGAGGGGGCCCGUAGGCGCUCGGCUCACCGAAAAUGACAAAAUACAUGUGCCAGGUAAGAGGACGGGGUGGGCAGCCUCGGUAGGUAAUGAGACUCGGGGUACAGUAGCAAGAGCAGCGGAUAGUGGAGGGUGGGGGCAGGGCACGUAGGAAAGGACGCGAGGAGGGCCGGUGGGAGGGAGAGGAGUAGGGACAUACAGUAUUUUUUAAGAAAACGUAUUUUUUAGGAUUUUUUUCUGGAGUUCGGGGUUUUAGUUUUUCUCUGUUUUCCACAAAAUAAAAAAAAACCAAACCAAAC